UAUGGAUCCAUUUCUUGGGUGAAAGAUGGCUUUUGAAAUUGAUGCUUCUCAUUUCAGGUACAUAUGUUAUUAACACUACAAUAUUACCCGCGCUUGGCUAUCCAUCGAAUCAACAAGCAGCUGAUGAAGCUGAGAAAUUUCUCGUCUCAUCUUUGUCAGAGAUAGAGUCCUUUUGGUUGAAGGGUGAUGGUCCAUUUUUGCUGGGUGGGAAUCAACCCUCCAUAGCUGAUCUUAGCCUUGUUUGUGAGCUAAUGCAACUUGAGGUUUUGAAUGAGAAGUAUCGUUAUAGGUUAUUGGGUCCAUACAAGAAAGUUCAGCGGUGGAUUAAGCAUACAAGAUAUGCUAUUAGUCCUCACUUUGGCGACGUGCAUAAGAACCUCAUGAAUGUCAAAGAAAAACUUAAAAAUAAGCCGUUAAUGGAAGCAAAUCAUGGAGGUGUGUCUGUCAGCGAACAGUGGUGGCGUGCAAGAAUGUGACGUGAAAAAAAACUGAAUAAACAUAAAACAUUUAGACCAGAUGGUUUAUGAUUUAUACAAUGAAUCAUGUAGUUAGAUGUUUGUCAACUGUACAAUUGUAACAGGUUCUCCCCAGCUCUUGUGUUGUCUUGGUAUGAACAAAUUGGAAAUGAUGGGAAUAA